AUGAAGCAACCCGUUGAUGAGGAGAAAACUCCGUAUACCGAGAAAGAGACUGACAACCAACCCCCGGAGACCCUAAUAAGAGCAUGCCAUGACCUAUUCGAGGUUUCGUUCAAUGGUGAUCAAGACCCAAUGUGUCCCCGGAGCAUGUCAUUAGUACGAAAAUGGAUUAUUGUGAUCAUUGUCUGCAUGGGAAGCUUAUGCGUGACAUGUACCAGCUCAAUUUAUACAACCACCUACCCCCAUUUAACAACCGCUUUCAACACCUCAUCCCUCCUCCAAUCCCCCGGCCUCUCAACGUUCGUUCUACGAAUCGCUUUCGGUCCCCUCCUAACAAGCCCUCUAAGCGAAUCUUACGGCCGACGGCUGAUCUACCUCAUCUCCUGGUCGCCAUUCAUAAUAUGGACAACCCCCUCCGCCGUCGCCCGGAAUAUCGAAACUCUCAUUGUAACCCGUUUCCUUGCCGGGUUUGUUGGGGAUGUGUUUCCGAGAGAUGAGAUACAGAUGCCGAUGGGGAUUGUGUCGUCAGCGCCGUUCGUGGGCCCUUCGUUAGGGCCUAUUGUGAGUGGGCUUUUUAAUUAUUGGUUAUGUUGGAGGUGGACAUGGUAUACUAUGGUUAUGUGGUCUGGUGGUAUAUGGUUUGCUAUUGUCUUUUUUGCGCCGGAGACAUACCAUCCUGUCAAGCUGCGUACUAAGGCUGAGAUUCUUCGCAAGCAGACAGGAGAUAACCGAUAUAGGGCACCGAUGAGCAAGGCUACCAAGUCAAGACGCGCGAUAAUACUAUUGCUUCUGCGACCUUUUCAACUCCUCUUCCUAGAGCCUAUGUGUCUCUGCUUGGACCUCUACUCCGCUGUUUUAUUGGCCGGUCUUAUAUUCUUGGGUAUUAUAACGGGUAUGUGUAUGGCAGCUGCAAGUAACCCUAUCUGGUCCCGGGUUUGGGAACGGUUGUUGAACAGGCAUGGACUUGGGGGUAGUGAGCCGGAAUAUCGACUUCCGCCGGCUAUUCUGGGUGGUGUAUUGAUCCCUAUCGGGUUUUUCUGGUUUGGGUGGACGACGAUGCUGCUUGCAUUCAUUGGGAUCUAUACGUUUCUCGUCGACGCAUACCCUCAAUAUGCCGCAUCAACCCUAGCCUCGAACAGUUUCGCAAGAUGCUCCAUCGCAGCUGUAUUUCCCCUGUUCGGCAACAAUAUGUACGAAAAGCUCGGCUACAAGUGGGCAACCAGUCUUCUCGCAUUGAUCACAGUCGCCAUGAUGCCAUUUCCGUGGCUGUUCUUUAAAUACGGAAAGGCUCUUAGAGGGAGGAGUAAGUCUGCAGUUGUCACCUAGAGUUCAGACAUAUUUGGCC